UGCCAUCUCAUCACAUCAUGUGCACCUGGAAGAACUGUAUUCCAUAGGUGUAAAAGCUCUUUGUUCAGAAUUGGAAUUGGAGAAUUGUUCAGUUACACUCGGGUGUUUUUUUAAGCUGUUAAGUUAGAGGAAGCCAUAAACUUUAUAAAAUCUGCAUUCUAGCUAUAACUGAUAGAGCUGACACGUGCAUGCCCAAGUUGCUAAUUACUUUAAAGGCAAUAAAUAGUAAUGGUAUUUUUUUCUAAAAUACAAGGGGAAUGCAAUACCUAAUGGGAACACACAUCCCCCACUUCAUCCCCUAAAUCCUCACUAAAUGAGGAUUCUUUUUUACGCUGUCUCCACUGUGCUUAGUUUUUUAUCAACAACCUUGACCAUUUUAGCUUUGAGUGACUAUGCUUUCAUCUUCUAGAUUGAGAUUGUUCUGUAGUUUUUCCUACAUUAGGAAAAAACUAGCAGCCCUUUUUUUGUUUUCUUAUGUUAGAUAUAUGAACGCUGCAUCCUUAGUUCUUGGGGUUGUGUAGGAGUUGGCAGGCUUUGAGAUAUAAAUAGAAGCUGAUUUCAGAGGCCCCUGUUGACUAGGCUUUAUGUGAGAGCCUCCAUCCAGCUCAGCUUGUCACAUUGCAGCCUUGUGACAGGCUGAAGCGCCCUCCCAUGUGAUCUGAGCUUCUGAGAAAUAUUAAAGCAAGCUGUGCACAUGUGAUGGCAUUUAAAAGCUGGCUUUCUAGGGGAAAAAAAUCUAAAAGAUGGGAACCCAUGUAGAAGACUCAUGUCCUGGUACCUCUUGUGUGUCUCGCACUUGAAAGUUAUUUACAAUGAAAUGAAGGUAGACAUGUUCUCUGAAGCAAAGUUGGAAUACUUUGUUAUCUCUGAGUGUGUGAAAUCUUUAGAUGGAGUAUCCUCCAUUUUAUCUAAAACAAAGAUUUUAAGAAUCAGAUUAACUAAAAUUACUUAGGUAGGUUGAUCGCUUGGCCUUAAACUUUAAAGCCAAUGUCACAUGAGACUGGGCCUCAGUGUAGAAAAUGUAAGCUAGCAUACUUAAACUGGUUUUAAGGAGUGACCCAACUUACAUGCAUAGGGCAAACAUUCACACAUAUUUUGUGCGUGGUGGGCAUGCAAAUACAUACAUAUUUAUCAUUUGAAAGCAUUUUUUGCUCCUAUUAUGCUCAUUUAAAAACCCAGCUGAAAGUGUUUAUUAAUAAACUUCCUAAGUGAUGUUGAAAUGUUUACACUACCCUGCUCCAAAAUGAGUCAGCUAAAUUCCAGUUAAUAUUUAAAGAGACAGUGUCAACUAAAUUAAUACUGUUCAAAGUAAGUUGUGGAUCUUGGUCACUCCACACAAGCUAGAUUGUCUUAAUAUUUGUAUGGUGCACUUUUACUUACAAAAGGGAAGAUAAAAUGUUUUGGGGAAUAAUUACUAGGGGUCUGGCCAGGUCAAAAUUGGUUAGUCCCCUUCUCCCAUCUUCUAAUUUUGGUAGUUAAUACUUGUUAAAACAUCGUUUUUUAAUAACUCACUAAAAAGUGUAUUCUAGUAUGUAGUUGGAAAAAAUGACUGACCACAAGUUACAGCACAUAAAUUUUCCUUUAAGCAAAUGCUCUCAAAUAUGCUUUUUGUACAUAUGCUUAUACAUGUUUAAGAUGGCAUGAAAACCCUCCACAACUUUAUUUUAAAAUAAUUUUUCUUGAAUAUGUAUUUUCUCAUCCAGAGGAAAACUUAUUAAUAAUUUAGCACAGCGUUUUAACAAGACUUUUAGAAAAGCAAAUCUUCCUUGCAAACAAAUGCUUGCUAUGUAAAGCUUUUUCUGGUAACCCAGCAUUGAAUAUUAACCAUUACUAAAGGUUAUGUAUAUAUAUUGACUUUAAUAUAUUGAAUUUGAGCUUGGAACGGUUUUAUUAUUUUCUGGUAUGAGGAAGACAAGCACUUGUUAAAAUUAAUAGUGCCUUUGGCUGAGAAAUCUGGUUCAUAAUUUGUGUAUUGCAGGUUCCUAGGCACUGGCUUUGACAUACUCUGAAACUUCAAAUGGAGAACGUCAAAGGAGUUUCGUAAACCAGCUGACCCUAAAUUCUUAGAGAUUUACUUGUUGGUGCCAGGGUAGCAGGAAGGGCUACCAGUUCUCUUUUCAGCCUUAUAUGAAGAUGUUUCAGCAUUAAAAAGUACAGAUGCUCUGCCUCAGCAGAUUUGUCAAAUUACUGAUGAAGCCCAGAUAUGUACAGCAGAAAAAUAUGGCUCAGGAGACUAACCAGACCCCGGGGCCCAUGCUGUGUAGCACAGGAUGUGGCUUUUAUGGAAAUCCUAGGACAAAUGGAAUGUGUUCAGUUUGCUACAAAGAACAUCUUCAGAGGCAGCAAAAUAGUGGCAGAAUGAGCCCAAUGGGGACAGCUAGUGGUUCCAACAGUCCUACCUCAGAUUCUGCAUCUGUACAGAGAGCAGACACUAGCUUAAGCAACUGUGAAGGUGCUGCUGGCAGCACAUCUGAAAAAUCAAGAAAUGUGCCUGUGGCUGCCUUGCCUGUAACUCAGCAAAUGACAGAAAUGAGCAUUUCAAGAGAGGACAAAAUAACUACCCCGAAAACAGAGGUGUCAGAGCCAGUUGUCACUCAGCCCAGUCCAUCAGUUUCUCAGCCCAGUACUUCUCAGAGUGAAGAAAAAGCUCCUGAAUUGCCCAAACCAAAGAAAAACAGAUGUUUCAUGUGCAGAAAGAAAGUUGGUCUUACAGGGUUUGACUGCCGAUGUGGAAAUUUGUUUUGUGGACUUCACCGUUACUCUGACAAGCACAACUGUCCGUAUGAUUACAAAGCAGAAGCUGCAGCAAAAAUCAGAAAAGAGAAUCCAGUUGUUGUGGCUGAAAAAAUUCAGAGAAUAUAAAUUACUUCUUGUGAAGAGACUGAAACUUUGUUUUUAUUUUAAUAUAUCGUAGGAAAACAUUAAAGAGCAGAUGCAUGGCCAUUUUUCUUUGAUGUUCUCCAGAGUUUUACUUUACACUUGUCUGUCUUAUAAUUGAUAUUUUAGGAUGUUUGGGUGUUUGUUACAGGCAGAAUUGGAUAGAUACAGCCUUACAAAUGUAUAUGCCCUCCCCUGAAAAAAAUUGGAUGAAAAUCUGCACAGCAAAGUGAAACACACAGAUAAUAGGAACAAAAUGUAGUUCCCAUGUGCCAAACAAAAUAAAUGAAAUCUCUGCAUGUUUGCAGUAUAUCUGCCUUUUGGGAAUGUAAUCAAGGUAUAAUCUUUGGCUAGUGUUAUGUGCCUGUAUUUUUUUAAAAUGGUACACCAGAAAAGGACUGGCAGUCUACUUCUACCAUAGUUAAACUUCACCCUCUUUAAUUUCACAACAUAUUCUUUGGAAGCAGGAAGAAAUGCUCAUAAAGAGGAUCAGACCUACUUUCCCGUGAAACCAGUAUUUGGCGCCAUAUAUAAGCCUGGUUAAAUUGGUCAUCUAAAGCUGUCAAAUAAGACAUUCUGUGAAAGGUAAACAUCGAAACUGGUUAUAAGUAAAACCAUCAAGCCAACAACAGGGUCUUGAGAUAACUUUUGAAGCUUAUUGUACUGGCCUGCACCAGAAGAUGUCUGCAUUACUCAUUGCUAAAAAUGUGUAGCACAGAACUGCACUAGGAUUAAUUUGUUUACAAGAAGAAAUUUAAACUCUACGUUUGGUUUUCACAUACAGCAGCUCUAUUGAAUAACAUGCAUCUGAAUUUUAAGUUGCAAAGGUAUCUGAAUAAUUUUUCAUGUGCAUCUUUUGUCGAAUGUUUUGGUUCAAGAAAGAAUGUUUAAAGCUUUUUAAAAGACUUCAGUUCUUAAUGUAACUGUACCCUUCUGCAUGGAAAAUCAUAACCAACAUGGCUGCAGUAGACUUCUUAGUGGUAUCCAGCACCACUUGCAGAGGGCUGCUUUAUCAUAUUGUACUUGGGUGUAGGACUCUAGUGUUCUUGGGUGUAUUGCAUGGGCUGCAUUAUCUACAGCAUUGUACAAUAACAACUAGAAAAGGCAGUAUACUUCACUGAUGCUUGUCUGGUAAUAAUCACUUCUGUGUUAUAAUGGAAGGUUUUUUGUGAUGUAUGAAACUUGUGUUUUUUAUAUAUAAAUGAGUAUAGUUAGUGUUGUGGUAAUGCCUGUUUUCAUCUGUAAAUAGUUAAGUAUGUACACGAGGCACUACUUCUGAUUUAUUGCAGUGUUCAGUCCUAGUUUUUACUUUUAUUCUUAAAGCAUUCAGUUUUGCUUUCAAUUUUAUGUACCUUAGUUCUGAGUUAGACCUGCAGAUGUGUACAGAUAGUUCAUAUUUAUGUAUUGCACAUAAUCAUGCUAUUCAGCAUUGAUGCUAUAUUGUAUUAUGUAAAUAAUAAAAGCCAUGUACAGAGGGAAA